UUGAACAAUGCUAAUUGUUUGUCUUUAAAUAUUUGUAGUGAAAGAAAAAGAAGAGGAGACAUUACUUUUAAACCAUUUUGGCAAGAAGAUGAAUUUGAUAAAAAACAGCACCAAUUAAAAUCGAUAAGAUAUACCACGUUAGGCUUUACUAAAAGAACACGUAAACGGAAGCCAAUAAAAUCAUCUAAUACACAAAACCUUGUUAAAGUGACUGAACCAAUUACAAUAUCCAUGAAUGUAAGCCAUAAAAAAUUUGCCACCGAGAAGUUUUUGUCAUUCGAUGAACUGUUACGGCUAAGAAAACUUAAUACUGCUGAUAUUAAUGCACGUCGUGCAGGUGAAUCAGCACCACCCCAAUCUGAAGAAACCGCCACACAAACCGAAUCCAGCACAUCAGAGUAUACAGCAAAUACCCCUUUUAUACGUUUAAAACAUUGCACGAGAAAGUUAACGUGUACUUGGACCGCUGCAUCGUUAGGGGAUAAUGAAGGAAAUGCGGAUGUCGGCAACAGAGGCUCUCGAACUCCUCCUGGCUAUGUUGAAGGCUGCACGCGAACUUCAACUUGUACACGUGACUUCAUGAAUCGAAAUAAAAUGGACACAAUCCCAACACCCAGUACUGAGCCUGAAAUCGAAGAUGGAAGUGAUGAAGAUUAUUGUGAAAAACGAUCAUUAAAUGUUAGAAGGGAUUCAAAGCUACAAGAAAUUUUAAAUGUUUCCCCUAACACUAUUCUACCUUUUGUACAGAAUAAGGACAAAGAUCUAGCUCAAAGCAAACACGAAGGUAUAGAAUCGGAAACCUGUGAAUGUGAAAAUGAUUAUCUCAGAAAUAAAAGAACAACUAGUGAAAAGAAAUUUAUUAAGAAAAGAGAAUCUGAAAGUUAUGGUUCAUUGUCGUAUGGAGAUUUAUUUUAUUUGGUCGUGAAUAAACUGAUGAAAAAUUGGAAUUUAAACAAAAAAAUACAAUCAGACAAGUGUUCAUGUAAUUUGGCAAAUGAAAAACAAUACAAUGCUUGGCUAUUAAUAUUAACAUUAUUUUCUAGUAAUUAUAUUUUUCACUGACUAUUUAAAAAAUAAAUAAUAUACGAAAAUAAAUUUAUUUUGGAUAUAGUUUUUGAGCAGGUCGUUGUUGAAGUUGUGUGAUGAAAGCAAUGGAAUUUAGCGUUUAAUUUAAUUUUCUUCAAAUCUGUCGCCAAAUUUUUUAACAGUUCGUCGUAACUUAAUAUUGUUUCUCCGUAGCGAUAUAAUUUUCUAACGAUU